GUGUUCUCCGUGCGGCCAAAAUCGCACGGGCGUGAGAGCGGAGGCAACAAAAGUAAAGCAAAAGAAAAAAAGACCCCGAGUGCAACCAACCACCACCGAUGUCGAACAAUGUACGGCGCCGCAGCAGCAGCAGCAGUGUGACUCAUGCGGCGGUCGAGAAUGUUGAAGUGAAAAAUCACGACAAAUUAUCCUCCUGCCCGGUUGCAUAUUAACCUCCGAUUUUGCCGUCGUAGCAAGUGAACGUCACAGCGAGGCACGAGAGGUUGUGCACCAAUGUGCUGUCCGGAUGCGAUAAGCACAAGUCAUCAUCCUUGCUUUUUGUUCUGGUCCGGUGCUGCUGCAUUGAAAUCAUCGGCACCACGAACACAUCGCUACCGGGUGGUUUCUGUGUGUCGUUCCGACACCUCUUAUCACGAACGUCGUCACUAGUGCUGCUGUGUUAUCUAGGUCGGCUCGUAGCGCAAAAGGAAGUGUAGUCGAUUGCAUCCACAGGAUUGUAUCAUGUUAGCGAAAUCGCACUAGGAAAAGUUGUGUUUCAACCCCCGAAACCGUGUACAGCCUCAACGAAAGCUAGCACAACCACCAACCACCGAGCAUUAACGCUUCAUUUGUCCUUCCACUGUGAUUGUGGAGUCUCUGUGGUGCAAGCCGUGCACGAGAGGCAUGCAAGACUAAUACAGAGAGCAGAAGGAGUGCACACUUUGUGUCCUUGUGUGUGUGUGAUAAAGACGGUUCCGAACCCCCCUCCGGAUUGUUGUUGUUGUUCACGCGUUACCCCCCCGCGCGCUGUGCUCUAUCACCGUCGUACCACCGUAGCACCAGGUACGUGUACAGUAAGCGGCCGGGAGCUUGCCUUAACUGAAUCCCGCAACCUGCAAUCGCCGAUUGGCCGAUUGCCAUCUGCUCCGUCAAGAUACGAUACAAACGAGGCAUCAUGUUUUGGGACUCGCUCAGUAUGCAGUCCGAUAUCGACGCACUGCUUAGCAAAGAGGGUGUAACCCUUGCCGAGGUGCUGGACUACGAAAACGUUCUACAAGAAUGUAAAAGCCAGAAUCCCAAGCUGAUACAAUACUUAAAUCGCACCGAAAACUUCGAUGCGCUGAUCGAUCUCAUCAUACAGGAGCCGGCCGCCGAUUUGGACGACAAUAUACGCUUCAUGCAUUCCAACAUGGCGUGCGAAAUACUGACCAGCGAUGUGCCGUCCUUCAAAACGCACCUCGUCGAGAACCAGAACUUCCUAAACAAGCUGUACAGCUUCCUGCUGAAGGAGCCGCCGCUCAACCCGCUGCUGACCUCGUUCUUCUGCAAAACGUUCGGCAUGCUGAUCGCGAAGCAGAACGAGCAGGACUACUUCUCCUACAAAUCUGUGUGCCUGCAAGUAUUAGAGUUUAUCAAGUCGAAGAAAGGUUUCCUGCCGUCGAUGCUGAAGCACUUUGGCAACCAGGUCGUGAGCGAUCUGCUGCUGUCCCACAUCACCGACAUCGAGGAUGCCGAGCUCAAGUCCGAACUGUUGGAGUGGCUGAACGAGCAGAAGCUGGUGGCCGAAAUCAUUGCCUUACUCAAGCAGCCGGGCCAGGACCAGAAGCAUUACAAUGCUUCCCAGUUCCUCAUCGAGCUCAUCAAGAUCAGCCGGUGUAAGCGCCAGAACGAGCAGCAGGACAAAGUUACCUCGGACCCGAUUCUAGACACGCUGGAAAGUGAAGAAACAACGAAACAGCUGCUCGACAUCAUUCUCGAAGCAAAUGGCGAAGAAAGUGCAAUCAUUGCCGGAAUUCAAAUCAUCCUAAGACUGCUAGAAAACACGAUAAUCCAAGAACCGGUCUCGGAUACGGCACUGCAAAUUGUGAUCGAUGCGGAGAAGGAGCACCACGAUCUGCUCGUGGCACGUCUGGCCAACGUUAUCAAGCUGCGCGUUGCCGACCUUGUCGCGAUCCUCAAGAACCCGCCUGCGAAACCGGACAUAGUUACCACCUUCGGCUCACUGGCACCACCGCUGGGCAACGUGAGACUUCAGAUUUGCUAUCUAUUUACAGUAUUAAUAGAGACGGAAAACAAAGAACUUAUUGCCGCGAUUUGUGAAACGGACUAUUUCGACACCUUGCUCAGCCUCUUCGAGCAAUACAUUUGGAACAACUUCCUUCACGGGCGUGUUAAAGUUUGCAUCAACUAUGCCGUCGCGUCGUUCGACCAGGGCGACGGCAGCAGCGGCGAGGGAGAUAACAAACUCGCUAUCUCGAGCCUGCAGCGAUAUAUCAUAACGGAUUUUCAGCUGGCGCCGAAACUGUUGAAACUAUUUGUAGAUGCCGUAACACCCAACGAAAGCUUGUGCGUUAAACAAUUAGGGUAUACUGGACAUCUCAUCGAGAUGUGCGAUACGCUUAUGACCUCCGUAAACCUCUCGAAGGAAUUCCGCGGUAUGGUACACGCGACGCUUCCGGAUGAGGAGCAGAUGUCGAAUUGGGCUUGCUAUAUGGAAUCCGAGAAUAGUCAGUUGUUAAAUCACCUAGGCAUGCAGAAGAAGUUUUUGGCUGGUCAGGAUCCUUAUCGUAUCUGCUCACUAGAGCGAGAACCGCUUGGCGAUAUGAUGCCGUGCGAUACUCCGCCAAGCAAGGUGGAAAUGGACCAGCUGCUGGAAUGCAUCAACUUUGCGUUCAACAGCUUUGACUUCGCGGAAGAGCUAAAGGCAUCGGAGGGCACCUCGGACCGGUGGGACGAUUUUGGCGACUCGGCCGCCCAGAUCCUGACCCUGCCUAACAGCCGGCCCCCCACCAACCUGGACAGCCUUGCCGGGGACGAUCCGUUCGGCAUGCAGAGCGCCAUGUUCGGCGAGCGGGCAAAGACGCACGAGCACGACGACGAUGGCGACGAUGGCGAGGAUGGCGAUCCGUUUGCACCGUUACAGUCGGCGCCCGGUGGUGGUGGGCAGAACAACGACGACGACGACCACCACGCCUCCAAAGAUAUGCUGCUGGGCGACGACGGUUUGCUUGGUCAGAAAUCGGACUUUGAUUUCGGUGCGCUGGCAUCGUCCGGGCUGGUCGACAGCGAGAGCAACAGUGACGUGCCGCUGACCGGUGGCAUGAAUCACAACAUUUUGAAGUUUCUGCAGGCGGUCAACGAAACGGGCCCACCGUCGGCGGCCCUGCUCGAGGACAACUUUGCCGAUUUCGAGUCGGCGCUCGGUGCGGUGGGCAAUUCCGCCGCCGCCCGCAGCGACCCAUCCUUCGGUGGCCUUUCCCUGUCUGGGGCGACGUCCGGCGACGGUACGCUGCGGUACGAACCGGCCGGCGCUGCUGCAGCGUUCGAUGCGGCCAGUGUACUUUUCGAUUUCGAAAAUGCGGACAUCUUUAACGCGAACUCGAUACCGCCAACCGUGGACCAAGCCACGCCCAGUGGGGGAGAGGUCGGAAAAGUGCCCGAAAGCGUACAGCAGGACCCAUUCCUGGAGGCGGCAGAAAAAUCGACCGAAGCAAAGGAUGCACAGGAAGUGAGUGACAGCAAUGUGAAUGAUAAAGUUGUCGAUAGCACUCAAACAGUAGCCGAUGUGCCGACCGCUGUACCUUCCGAUAAUGAAACCAUGGCAGCCGCGGACAGUGCCGUCGAACGAAAGGAAGCUGUUGGUAGCACAGAGGAGAAAGCAGCUAGUCCAGCCACUUGCACCGACGUCGAAAAGUCCGAAGCGGUAAAUGGAGAUGAAAGCAAUAGCAGCAGCAGCAGCAUGACCCCGAAAGAGGAGGUAAGCAACAGUGCUGCAAGCUCCUUGUCCGUAACUGCAGCAGCAACGCCUGCACCAGCAACAGUGCCAGAAUCCGCACCAGCAUCGGUAGAGGAGACUGCCGCCAGCACAGCAGCACCCACCGUUGAGGCGACAGCAGCUACCAGCGACAGCAGCAGCAGCUCCGCAGCCGAUGCGAGCGAUACAAGCGGCUCACCGGAUAAUUGAGGGUGUCCGCCGCCGUGUCGUUGCCAACGGGAUCCCCCACCAUCGCCACACCGACGCCAAACGCACGCGCACCAGACCGAAACGGCCACCCAGCCAAAGCAGCGUCAUCGACGCCGCCGUCAGAGACGGCGACAACCUGUACAGCAUGCUGCUGCUGCACCGAACCUAAACGGUACUACUACUACCGUGCACUGCUAAUCCACAUAAUCACAGCGACACACACACACACACUGGGGAAGAUCCGAGCACGACGAUAUAUGUACGCGUGUAUGUGUGUGUGUGUGUGUGUGCGCGCACCUGUUCGUUUGCACAUCGACGAGUUGCAUCUUUCCCGGUAGAUGAGAGGAGAAAAAUGCGCGAUUUGGGAGGUUUGUUUAUAUGGUAUAAGAGCUUAUAUGAUAAUCAUGUGUGUUUUAAAGUAUCACAUGCAUCCAGGAGAUAGUAAUUUGUGCGAGGGCGACCUUACACGAGUUAGACAAGCAAAGCCUAGAGCAUAUUGACGCGCAUUGUGUGUCUCACAUAGCAAUUGCAAAGCCGUUUGCAAUUUUUGCAGCAAAAGCAUUUCGAGGAGAAAGCGGGAGCAAGAAACAGAUAAUCAGAUAUUGUUCUACACAAGAAUUUAGCAAUCUUACUACUUUCAGGGUUUUUUUUUCGUUUGGUUGGAAGCUUCCGCCAUCUCAAACUUUAAAUAAUCAAGUGUUUUCUAUAUAGGUUCUUUUUUCAGUAGUUUUGGAAAUGUUUUACGUUCCGUGAUCAUCAGUCAUGCCUUAAGUAAAUGUGAUCCAUUAUAUGGUACCGUAAUAGUAAACGGAGAAGAAGAAAAAAAACACACCCAAAACUCUAAACGUUACCUCACGUUAGUGCAACAUGCUCUUUUGCCCUCGCUUCGGUAGAAAAGAAAAAAAAGCCCCAGCAUACAAGCCCCCCUGGACACGACCACAACGACUUGCCGUAGUUCUUGCCACGUGCUGCCGCAGUAACGUGCGCGCACCAUUUUUGCAAAUUCAAGCACAUACACACAUACACACACACACACUACUCGCCUAAGAAGUAGCUCCUAUUUUGCCACCGUAAUGAAAAUGAUGAUAACCACCUCUGUGUGUGUUAGUGUGUGUGUGUGUGUGUGUGUGUGUGUGUGUGUGUGUUUCACUAGAGAAACUCGAGCAAUAAUUAGUUCAAAGAAGGAAACAAAAAGUGAGCUUAGAAACCGAUUGAUUUGUGUAAGACGUUUGAUUACAUCGAGACAUACCCCCCUCACACACACACACACACACUCAUACUAGCUUACCUACUAGCUUACAGCGUUUUGUAUGUUGAGAGGGAAGAGAGAGAGCGAGAAAAAAACAACAACCUAAUACGACAAUUUAAGUGCUGCAGAGCACACACAGCCAGCACAGACAGGGUGACAGCACAAAUAUCUCUUUUACACGUUUCACACAGUGUUCGUACGAUAGCUAAAUUACAACAAGAAGGCGCAAAACCCACGUACACCCGCUGCUGCUGUACUUCCAAAGCAACUGCUGAUCUUAAUUCAAUCCCCCGUAGUGGCGCGAGCCAAGAGGGAAGAGCGCGUGGGGAGAUACAUUUGUAGUAAAAGCUCCUCCGGCAAGGGAGCGUGGCAAAAGUCGAUUAGUACUGUGACACGGUUAGCAUAAAACAAGUUAUCAAAUUGUGCUGUGAAACUAUAGUAAAAAUUUGCUUUUCAACUAAUUCAUAUGGACUGCGUGUAGUAGUAGGGCGUGCGAAGAAAUGGUUGCAAGGAAUUACUCAUACAUACACACACACACACACAAAACCCAAACAAAAAUAACAGUUUAUUGUUUUGAAUGGUGAUUGCCAUUUGAAAAAAAAAUCUUUUGAUAAUGACGAAACGGUUAUGAUCGGGACACACGUUUUAAAAUCAAGCAGGUGUUGUGUAGUAGUGUUUGUUAAUUCAAUGCGGUAAAUUAAAUUAAAAUCACACGGAACACAAACAAACUUCGCAUCAAUUCAUCGACCGACCUGUCCCCCAUUGCAUUGUUUGAGUUAGUUCGUCGAUAAAAUGCCUUGUUUGUCUGCUACGGUUUGCGUCGGUUCGGUGGCGGUGUAGUGAGGGUGUACCGAUAACGAUGGCUCAACGCGUGUGUUAGUAGCAGCGGUAACAAAAAGAAGAGAAAAAGAGAGAGAAAGCAAUCAAAAAAACAAUGUACGCAAACCAAAACUAAAACUAUUGAUGUCAUAUCAACACACAAACAAAAAAGGGAUAACAAACAAACGAUAGUUACUCAAGGAUGUAACAUAUUAUUGUAAGUAAGGUAGAGGGACUGGGGAAAGAAAGUAGAGAAACCCUCCCACAUGUAGUAAUAGCUUGAACGCGUGUGUGUGUGUGUUUUUAAGUAUAGGAAACACACCAGAAACAUGUCUUAUUAGCAAAGAAUGGGUCUAAAAUGGUUCAAAUCAAAUGGUUUUCAGCAACAGGGAAUGCUUUUUUUUUUCGUUGCCUCUGUUGUUGGUUUUCCUUUUGUCGCAAAUUUUAAAGCGCGUACUAUUAAAAAGGAUUUAAAAAAAGCUGUAGAAAAACAACUUUCGCGUUCGGGAAAGUUCUUUAUUGUGCUUAAUUGAAUGGUACACACACGCACAGACGCAGGUGAUUAUUUAAGAAAACACUUGCAAGUAAUUACAUACCACACACUACUGUUCCCUCCCCAUACCGUCGUGUGGGGUGUGGUGUAGGUAGUCCGUCGCCCAUAUCACUAUGCUCAUUAUGGUCGAUAGUCGUUACCGUACCAUGCAUACAAUAGAAAGCGACAAUAAUAAGUGCUGCUGCAUGCUCUGCGUCUGGCAGAUUGGCUGUCCUGUUUUCUGCUUUUGCGCCCACCCCACGAUGGAGCUUUGUUAACCCUUUUGUUGUAGCAAAACAACAGUCUGUUAAGUUUGAUUAUGUUUUCUGUUCGUUGUAUGUAUCGGAUACAUCAAAGGAAGCACACAAUUGCCCUUAAACUAAAUGUAUAAAACCCCUGCUGCUGCUGCUACUACUACUACUACUCUACUACUCUAGACGCUCACACACAGUAAGAUGCAAGCGGAACGCGCUUUAAUCGUACACGUCCAUAAUUCGGGUUGUGGCUUGGUUUAGCAGUAGCCACGUUUAGCCACGUAUUUCCAACGAAGGUAGGCGCAUUAUAGCAAUACAAACAGGAGAAUGUGCGAAACGUUGUUGGGUUGUCCAGUUUGCGCGGCGCAAAAGAUUGAGUUUAGAUUGAGUUUAGAGGGAAAGGAAAGAAGAAAACCAUAGCAAUCGAACGUUUUGGAUCUGUCUUUCAUUUUCGCUAAAACUGAAGCAAAAAAAAAACGGUUAGAAACGGAAGGCACGGGAAGAAGAUAUCAACCGCGAAACGAACUAUAGAACUAAAUUCGUCCAAUCAUGUAGAGAUUUUACAAUAUUAUUAUUACUAGUACUUCAAUUGUUGCAAAUGUAUCGUAGCCACGAUCCCCGAGAAGGAGGAGGGGGAAGGCCACCACCAUUCUCGCAUAUCCUCCCCAUAAUCCUCACGUUCCUCGCGUUGAUCACGGGGAAAGAGAAGCAGCAGAAUGCAGUAGUGUGUCCCAUUUGGUGGUGGCGUAACGGCACCGGUAGAGUGGUAGUGUAUGUUCAUGAUUUUUACCCUUCAUUUGUCAAACCAAGUGCCCCGAUUGCGAAGCAAAGGAAAGUCAAACCAAAAUGGUAGCUACUAUCAAUUAACGAAAAGCGCAAAAAAUAAGCAAAAAAAGAGAGGAAAAUAAUGUGAACUGCGAGCGUCACACAAAUGGCUGGUAUAAUAGUGUGAAUUGUAACAGGCUCCUUUAGGUCUAGUUGUAGCUCGCCCAAGAUCGAUCCCCCCCCCCC